AUGAGUACUCCCCAAUACCGAAGUGCGCCGUACGCGUGUAAGAGCAAUGCAGCACCAAUUAGCCCAAAUGCGAAGCCUGUGACUAAAUUCUCCUUCCCGACAAAGGGAACGAGAGAAGGGAAGGCAAGUGCAAAGAUAGCCAGCUGCCCUCCCAUGCGCAUCCAUGAGUGCAACGUCCGCACAUUGGACAAAUGCGCGAGGAUUCUGCCGAAUUCAGGUACCGACGCAGCUCCGGUACUCGCACGGGGAUGCACCAUUGAGAGCCGGGUACGCUCCUCCGCGAAGGCGAUCAGCAGACUGCGCCGAUGCGCAAGGAUCUCGACGCCAACGUCAUCGCGAAGCUCCUCACUAGAAAGACAGAGGACAUGCAGAAGAGACAGACCUGUGGCUUCGAAGAGCCCGAUGUACGUCCCGUGGCCGGUGCGAUGCAGAAAAUCAGGAAUGGAGGAUGGCGCGCUGAGAGUGAGAGAGAGCGCACUGGGGGAGGAGGGUCUGAGACCGCGGCUACGGCGGGAGGGGGCGCGGGAAAGUACGGGGGAAGUCGCGGUUGUGUGA